CCUUUAGGGCAACAAUAUGAUGAGAAUCUCUGCCAAGAGACUUGAGAGCGGCACUUCUGAAAUGCGAUUGUAAGGCCUGGGAGGGAUGUUACCAUUAGGUGUCAAAAGUUGCCAGAGCAACAGCUGCCCUAUCCAGCUAACCUGCCAACAGCAAAUGCCAGAGAACAAUGAAGCUUGGGAGGCCAAAUAAGCCUGGUUGGCACAGCUUGUAAUGAUACCAGGAACCCAAGUUUGUCAACAAACGGCUUUGUGUGCCCAGAACACUGCCUUGUGGUCAAUGCAAGCUGUAAUAUUAUCCAGAUGGCCUGUCUGAUUUAUUUAUUGUGCCACAAGCCCCAUCUCUCAGUAUCUGAGUCUUAGAAGCCAGGCUGCAAUGUCAGCAUUGAAUGUAGGCAUCUCACCAAUGGGGAAUCAUGAUGAGAAAUUCACUAAGAUGUGGGGGAGGCAGGAAAACUCACCAUCAGAGGAGGAGGAGGAGAGGGUAAACUUUCUUGAUCAGCUUCUCCAAAAGAAGACACACAAUGGUAAAGACAGAAAAUCUCUCCUCCACAGACUGGUCUUCCUUGCCAAGAUCUCACCAGACCUGGCUGAUAAAAGGGAUUUAGCUGAAUACUGGGAACAACUCUUUGUGAACCUGCAACGCUCCUCUUAUCAAGGUGAGGGGAUCACAGGACUGUUGCUGCUCUACCCCACAUGCAUUGUGCACAUCUUGGAGUCAUCCAGUGAUGUGCUUUAUUCCAUUCUGCGGGAUCUGAGGGACAUGGAAGAGCAGCAAAGAGCUUUGGUCCUGGAUGCCAAAAUCCUCAUAAUGUCCCAUAAAAUCCCUUCUCGACUCUUCCAGCAGUGGCACUACAAAGUGCUGAGGGUGUCAGAGAGACACCUGGACUAUGAUACGUCGCAGGAGGACUCAGCAGAGACUCUUACCCAUGAGUGCCUCACGGUGCUUCUGAAACUUGGCAAGCAUCUGCUCCAGCAUCCCAAGAGCCCCAAAAACCUCCCGGACACCAUCCUGGAAAAGGUACCAGAGCUCAUUGUUCACCAAAACACCAUCUGCUACCUGCUGGCAUGCCAUGAGUUAUUGAGUCCCGCUCAGUACCUGCAGCUCUUUGACUUCCCUGUGAAUCUCCAGAUGGACUCAGUAGUCAUCUCUGGGAAUGUAUGGAUCAUAGAGGUACAACAAUCUGAGUUCCUGCCUCUCAUAGGAAGAUUUUAAUCUUGCUAACAGUGGGUCAGACUAGACAUUAAUGGGAAUGCAUAUUCCCUAUGAUUAACAUAUUCUUCCUAUCACAAUUGGGUUCUUCAGUAAGUAGAUUUGUCCCCCCCCUUUUUUUUUUCCCCCUUGGCAAAAAGAAAUUUGAAAAUGGUGUCACUUUUCACAGAAUUCAGGUUGAAAUAAGCCUGUGUUGCAAUUUAUAUAGCACUUAUUUUGAUUGAAGGGCUUGUGUUUCGAAGUGAUGAUCCAACCACGGUGUAAGUCCCUCUACGUAUGCUGCAAAAAAGGUACAGUACAGCAAAUGGUAGACUGCCCAGUGCAUGCUGACAUUUGCAUGGCACAUUCCAGUGCAUGAAUAGAAUCACAAGUCACAUGCUGUUAGAUUAGACUAACACCACUUACCAGACAAGGGAACAAUCUUAACACAUUAAUGCUCUGCUGUCUGCAACAAAAGCAAGUUUUUGAAUUUUGCUGUAUUACACAGUAUUCAUUGCAUGGCAAUAAGUGCACGUUUCCAUUAACAUGCACAACUCCACAACACAGAGAUAUAUCUUGUGAUCCUAAAACAAAAUUAUGGGCCUACCUUUGUUACCAUAACGAUACCACAAUAUAUGCAGGCACAGAAGGUGGCAAUCUGAUCAAGAUCAAAACAUAUUUUUAGUCUUUGCCCACCCCCUCUCCAAUGCUUUGUUGCAGAUUGCAAGCUAAAGUCACACUACAUCACCUUCUGUGCUUAUAUAGGUAGUCACAUGCUGUUUAUAAAGUUUUAUAUGCCAAUGUCUAUUUCUCUGUUUAUAAAAUGAGUGUGUAGGUGUGCUCCUGAAGAAGUUCAGGUGGAGGCAGCAGAGAAGACACUACAGCUGUUGUUCACAAUGGCCAAGAUAUAAUGGAAUACUGGAUUCUGUUGGUGCCACCAAGACUGGCAAUCCCCACUAGCUCCUGUAGCCUUCCUGUGUGUCCUAAAAAACAAAGAAAGCACUGGCUUCUGGCAGCUGGGUACCACCUGCAGGGUGUCAUUGGAAGUGCCAGUGCUUCUUACUCCACUAGGGAAUACCAUGUGUGUAUGUGUGUGGGGGUGACACCUGGUCAGGCCCUCUGUUUGGUGCAGCCGCUGAGAGGUGCAGUGCUGCUGCCAUGCAGCAGCCCCUUCCGAGUCUGGUGGGUAGGCAGGCAGGCAGGCUAGGCAAGAUCUCCAGCACCACAAAGUUCUCUUAAUAUAACCCAUUUCUUUUCUUUCCACACCAGAGAAUAUGUGGCCUAUGUCAGAACGCUUAAAAGUCCAUUUUGAAUGGGCUGCUUUGAAGGGAGCCUCUGCCACCUGAGGAACAAGGUUAAGAAAGAGUGAUUUUUGCUGCAGAAAGCCAACACUGGAUCCUUGAAAUUCUGUCUAAGUUUGAAAUCUAUGAUGAAAGAGAGCCUUUUCAGCAAUCAGUGGGAAGGGCAAGUACUAUUUUGUAGGGAAAAAAUGAAAAUCUUGACAUUUGCUCAUACCCAGACUCCAGCAUCAGUUCAGCUCUGUGUUCAACGCAAACUAUGAACUGUACAAACUAUGCACAUCUUAUGUUAGCAUAAUAUGGUGAAUUCACAUGGUAUUUGGGACUGCACAACAGUGUGUAGUGUCUAGAGCACCAGAGGCAGUGUUAUCUUUUCUUGACCAAGGGAUAAUUUGUCUCUAGGAUAUGCCUGCAAUGAAUAAGUCUUCCCCUUGGAAGCCAUGAAAACCAGGAUAUGAAGAAAAAGAAACACAUACUGCUUUUCAUGGUAAAAGCUACUGAUUUGUAUGCAACUAUGCUGUCUGUCAUCAACUAACUUAAAAAGAGCCCUCCUCAGCCUGGUGCCUCCUAAUGUAUUGAGCUGUAGGUGGAUGAUCUGAGCUGUAGCCGGACACAACUGAAAGACUCAAAAUUUGGGGAAACUCUUAUUCAUCACUGAAAAUUUACUACUGUAGCUCUCUUUGUUCUUGAGGGUCUGUGGUUUGUCUCAGCGCUCAAGUCAUUGACAGCUGCAACAAGGACAGAGAUGACUUGUGGAUAGCACCUAUCACCUGCAAACUCUAAGGAAUGCCUCACCUUCUGCCAGUUAUUCAUCAACCCUUAAUACUUCCACAGUAAGCUGCUGACCUUUAGCACCCUAUUGGUUCCCCUCUCAAGCUGUUGUCAUGGCAAGACUGAACCAAGUGAGCAUUUACACCCCUAGAUUCCACUCUGAGAUGCAAGUGUUUAACUUCAGGGGCUCAAUAGUGCCCACCACAUGUUGUUGGUGGAACAUUUCCCCAGCUGAGUUAUGCAAGAAAUAAUUGACAUGAGCCUAGAAGGUGGCAAAAGGCCACCUGCCUGCAGCCAUUCAAUCAUUGCAGAAUUGUAAACCUGCCUUGGAGGUGCAGCAAAUGAAAUGUCAGAUAUGGCUCUGAAAACACCAUUCAUGUCCUCCUGCUUUUGGUGCACAAGGGGAUGGAAAUGCUUUUUAAAUGUGCUUUCAUCAGGUUUUUCAUUGAUUGGUAGGCAUUUUGAAAAUGGCUUUAUAGUUACGCCCAACUUUCCUGCAAUAUUUUUCACUUAAUAUUAAACACAUUUUUCGUUGUCUCUCCCACCACCCCAAUUCCAUCCCUGGACAGACAAUGACUAGCCUGUAAACAUUUGGAAAUAGUUUGCCCAUGUUUUAAACAAACUGGGAGCCAAUCUAGACUUCUCAAUUGGACUCCACUUUCAAGUGGUUGCUGCCACUAAAUCCUUUGCUGAUCACCCCUUUGUGUUAAAAUUGCAUUAAUACAGUUCAUUUUGUGAAACUGCUUUGUGAAGUUUUUUUUUGCUUUGAAUAAACAAAGAAAGCACAGACAAGAGAAACAGAGAUACCACAAAAGUAAUUAA